UCGGAGUGUCAACACGCAGGGAAAAAUGGACGAUGCGCUACAACUGGGAGACAGCGGAGUGAAAAAGGCGGCAAAGUCGGGGCGAAGGGCACGUCAGGCGGCGGAGCAUUCUUCGUCUGACGAGUCCCGACAUCUAAAGAAAACAUCCUCAUCUAAUUCUAUGGGAGAGGGACCCCCACCGAAACCGCCCCGUCGGCAGGGAGGGUGGGCAGAGGAGACCCCUGGGCCCGCCUCAGCUAAGUCUGGGAGGAGGCGCUCAACUGAAGAGCUGGAGGAUAGACGCCUGCGACCGCAAACCCCCCAGGGCUCCGACGAUGAAGGAGACAUCCCCGUGAUCCCAGACCUGGAAGAGGUGCAGGAAGAGGAUCUCACCAUGCAGGUGGCUGCCCCUCCUAGCAUCCAAGUGAACCGAGUGAUGACCUACAGGGACCUGGACAACGACCUGAUGAAGUACUCUGCCUUUCAGACGCUGGAUGGAGAGAUCGACCUGAAGCUCCUCACCAAGGUUCUGGCACCAGAGCACGAAGUCAGAGAGGAGGAUGUGGGCUGGGACUGGGGUCACCUGUUCACCGAGGUGUCCUCCGAGCUGCUGACGGAAUGGGAUCAAGGAGAGAAGGAGGACCCGCAGGCUCAGCCUGUGACGUGAGGGCCCUUGCAGGACUGCUCCGAAAGGCCCAACGGGGUCUCGCCUGACCUCUCCCACCUCUCCACCCCUGCUCAGAACUCACUCAGACUCUAUUCUAACAG